CAGAAGGAGGGAGCUUGGGUUUACAUUCCUGAGCUCUGCUCAAAUUUCCUGAAAUCUCAGUCCUUCUUUUCUUUAUCUGCGAGCCAGACUGCUGUUCUCUGCCCUCUUCAAAACUGCAGCCUUCCAAAAUGAUGUUUAAAAGUAUCCCUUUAUUUAUUAUGCUUGCCAUCGCCUGCGUGUAUGCUGAGCAGGAGAUGAAGAGCAAGUCCAAGAUUUGUGCCAACGUGUUCUGUGGUGCUGGAAGGGAAUGUGCUGUGACAGAGAAGGGGGAGCCCACCUGUCUCUGCAUUGAGCAAUGUAAACCCCACAAGAGACCUGUGUGUGGCAGCAAUGGGAAGACCUACCGUAACCACUGUGAGCUGCACCGUGACGCCUGCCUCACAGGCCUAAAGAUCCAGGUCUCCCAUGACGGACACUGUGAAGAGAAGAAGACUGACAAGGCAGCAGCAAGCCCAAUUGUGUGCUACCUGGCCGAUCGUAAUGAGCUCCGUAGCCGUGUCAUUGAGUGGCUGGAGACUGAAGUUGUUCCCGACGGAUGGUUUUCCAAGGGCUCCAACUACACUGAAAUUCUGCACAGAUACUUCAAGAACUACGACAAUGGUGACUCCCAUUUGGAUUCAAAUGAGUUCCUGAAGUUCAUUCAGCACAACGAGACAACUGUCAACAUCACCAACUACAUGGAUGAGGAGAACAACAGACUUCUCAGGAGCCUAUGUGUUGAUGCCCUGAUUGAACUCUCUGACGAGAAUGCCGACUGGAAAUUGAGCUUUAAUGAGUUCCUCAACUGCCUGAAGCCAGGGUUUAACCCCACUGAGAAGAAGUGUGCCCUUGAGGACGAGAACUACGAAGAUGGAGCAGAGACUCAAGUGGAGUGUAAUCGCUGUGUCUGUGCCUGUGGAAACUGGGUGUGCACUGCCAUGAUCUGUGAUGCUAAGGAUAAGAAGGAAGCCCCCGAGGAGGACACAGACCUGACUGCACAAGAGGAGAUGACUGAGGAGGAGUGGACCCGACGUGUGGAGGAGCUCAACAAGCACCAGGAAACAGUUGAGAAGUCCAAGAAAGUGAACACCAAAGAGAUCUAAGUAUGAAGAAGUUGAAAGAGGAACACGGGAGCAUCGUCCAUCAUCCCAUCCUCUUGUAAAGAGAGCAAGCGAAUGCUUACAUUUUCCGCUGUAGUUGAAAGAAAAACAUUUUUGUUGUUUUGUUUUUGUAUUUUUAAAUAUAUAAAUGGAGUAGUAAUCCAUGUUUGUGUUAUGUAAAGCACAGUAAUCAAUGUAUCACUGUGAAGCUUUGUGAGUACAUUAGGAACUGCAGAAUACAGAUUGUCAAAAAAAGUUGCCGUAGAUGAAAUCUUCUGAAGGGGGGAAAGAGGAGUAGCUGCAAAGUGAAAAUACCAUCUUAAAUACCUCUCCCGCUUUGCAUGAACUGGUAUAUAUGUGCCAUGGCACCAAUAGGUUAACUGUUAACAAAAGGCAGAUGUGUAGAAGAUAGAGGUGUUGUUAACAUCUUAUGCCAAGGUUCCAUUAUAGAUGGUUACAUGCAUGAAAUCUUGUAAUAAAAUAUAUUUUAACAUUCUCCAUAGCAAAAAUAUAUUGUAACAGUGUUAAUAUCUCUAAUCAUAAUCUGUAAAUGUUAAUUACUUAAUAGAUUAUGCUAUAUAUAACCACUUAUAACAGAUACCGAAGCUAAAGUGUUAAAGAAAGAUAGUACAGUACACUCGUCUUGCGACUAAGCUUUUGGUGUGGUUAAGAGUACCAAAAUUAGUUGAUUAUUUUCCCCCACACUUAUUUUUCUGUAAUGCUCAUUUGAAACAGGCACAGAUUUAGUAUAUGUCAUUACAAAUAGUAUACAUGAAAUGUGUUAAAAUAAACCAAGUCUAUGGGAUGCUUUAUUUUAGUGGGCAUUUCAUAACGGAGACAGGAUUAUAUAUCCAGCAUCUAACAAAUGUAUAUGCAGAAAUAUAUUAAUUUAUAUGUUACAAAUAUAUAAAUGGGGUAGUAAUCCAUAUGUGUUUUAUGUAAAGCACAAUAAUAAAUGUAUCACAUUG